AUGACUGCUGUGUUUGAACCAAAAUCAUACUCCCAAGCUUCCUCUUCUCCUGAUUGGCAGCAAGCUAUGCAAGAGGAAUUAUCUGCACUAAAAAAAACAAAUACUUGGAGAAUUAUGCCUUUACCUCCAGGAAAAAUUCUCAUUGACUGCAAAUGGGUGUAUAAGGUUAAAUUCAAAGCUGAUGCCUCAGUAGAGAGGCUCAAGGCUCUUGCUAAAUUAACAACUAUGAAAUUCUUGCUUGCUAUUGCUGCUGUUAAAGCUUCGGAUCACUCUUUCUUCUUCAAGAAAGACAGCUCAAUGUUCUUUGGUGUUGUUGUGUAUGUUGAUGACAUGAUGGUUGCUACUGAUAGACCAGACAUGAUAGAAGCUUUCAAGAUUUUUCUCUCUCGGUUUUUUAAAUUCAAAGACUUGGGAGUUCCAAAAUAUUUCCUUGGCCUUGAGAUAGCAAGAAAUAAAGGAGGAAUUUUAGUAUCUCAGAGGAAAUAUGCGAUGGACUUGGUCAGGGAUGCAGGUUUACUAGGAUGCAAACCAUCUUCAGUUCCUAUGGAUCCAGUGAACCAUUUGAAGCAAGACACUGGACACCCUAUGAAGGAUCCAUCUAAGUACAGGAGACAAAUUGGGAGAUUGCUCUACCUUUGUAUAACUAGACCUGAUAUAACAUUUGUAGUCCACAAGCUUAGUCAAUAUGUCUCAGAGCCUUGCGAUGAGCAUUGGGAGGCUACUGAGAAAAUACUUAGAUAUCUGAAGGGAACUCCGGGACAUGGUCUAUUCUAUUUAAGUGAUAGUGAUUUUGUACUCAACAUUUUUUCAGAUGCUGACUGGGCUACGUGCCCUGAUACAAGACGAUCUAUGACAUGCUAUUGUCUAUUUCUUGGCUCUUCUUUGGUCUCUUGGAAGGCAAAGAAGCAACAUACUAUCUCAAGAUCAUCGGCUGAGGCCGAGUACAGGGCUAUGGCACAUGCAACUUGUGAGGUAGUAUGGGCAAGAGCUUUGUUAGGAGAUUUUGGUGUUAGAGUUGAGAGAGCAGUCCCUCUUUUUUGUGAUAAUCAAGCGGCGGUCCACAUUAGUUCCAAUCCAGUGUUUCAUGAGCGUACGAAGCAUAUUGAGAUUGAUUGUCAUACUGUGAGGGAGAGAUACUUAGAAGGUGUGAUCAAACCUAUGCACAUACGAAAUGAUCUACAAUUGGCUGACAUCUUCACUAAACCUUUGGGGGUUUAUGCCUUUGGAAAUAUUCUUGGCAAGAUGAACUUUCACGGCCUAUAUUGUCCAUCUUGA